UAAAUGUUUUUUUUUCAGUACAUGUCAUAUGUGUCUCCACGUUUUCUUAUCCACAAAAAUAUCCUGUGAUCGCAAAUUAAUUGGGAUUCUGCAUGUCGGAAAAGGGAAAUAGAAAAAUAAUAAAUCAAACUCAUUUAUAUUGAAAAGCAAUCUUAUCCCAAAUCAAGGCCAUUACCCUUUCUUUUUUUUCGUUUAAUUCCGGGGUUUAACGGUGAAAAAAAUUGUUUUUUUUUUAUAGAUUACAAAAAAAAAAAAAAAAAACAAGAUUUUCUUUUUGGUGUAAUGGAUUAUCGAUUUAAAAAUAGUAAAUUCUCGCUCCUUGCAUUUGUGAUGUGAUCCUAAAAUUUCUGCCGUUUUCUUUAAUCAACCAAAAAAUAUUUCAUUCAAAUUCUAUCUUCUCCAUUUCAUAUUCAUUUUCUUUUUUUUUUCCUCUCAAAUUCUCAAUCCAAAUUCGGGCCCUUCUCCCCCAAUAUUCGCUUAUUCAAAUCAAGAUUUUGAGACCAAUCACGCCAGAAACGAAGUCAAUUUUUUCGCAGAAGAAGACGCCCUAAGAUUUGGGGCUAAAGAUUCAAUUUUUUGGGGGGGGGUUGUUAAAUAUUUUUUUUUUUCAUCCGGCUUUUAUGCAAGUAUGGAGAUUUCAGCUAUUCGAAGCUCACAGGUGAAUUUAGGAAGAAGUUUUGAUGCUGGGCUGUUUAGUUUUAGCAAGAAUUUGGGUGCCAAAAUCUGCAAUUUGAAGAACAAUAAUCCGAAAACGUGCUGCUUCAUUCACAAUCAAAGCUUGAAAUGGCCUUCGAAAUCUGCUGUGGGUUUCACUCUCAGAGCCUCUGCUGCUGCUCAAAUUGCAGAUGCUGUCAAUUCUGAGAAAGCUCCAAUAAUUUCAAGAACCAAGCAUGAGGUUGAUGGGAUCAAGUUAUUCGUUGGUCUGCCGCUUGAUACCGUCUCCAAAUCUAAUAAGAUAAACCGGGCACGAGCAAUUGCUGCAGGGCUGAAGGCUUUGAAAGCAUUGGGUGUGAACGGUGUUGAGCUCCCGAUUUGGUGGGGAGUAGCCGAGAGGGAAGCUAUGGGGAAAUAUGAAUGGACAAGCUACCUUGCUGUUGUGGAUAUGGUCCAAAAAUUGGGCCUUGAGCUUCACGUCUCGCUCUGUUUCCAUGCUUCGGAAGAAUGCGGGAUUCGCCUCCCGGAAUGGGUUUCUCGGAUUGGUGAAGGCGAUCCGGACAUCUACUUUUCAGAUAGGUUGGGACAGCAGUACAAAGAUUGUCUCUCAUUUGCCGUGGGUGACAUUCCUGUCUUAGAUGGAAAGACUCCGGUCCAAGUGUACAAGGAGUUUUGUGAUGACUUCAAAGCUACUUUCUCGCCUUUCUUGGGUUCUACAAUAACGAGUGUAACGAUUGGGCUUGGCCCAGAUGGCGAGCUUCGAUAUCCAUCGCAUCACCGGCUCGACAAAAGCAUCCGCGGAGCUGGAGAAUUCCAGUGUUAUGACAGAUAUAUGCUAAAGAAUCUGAAGCAGCAUGCUGAAACAAAUGGAAGUCCUCUAUGGGGUCUUGGUGGUCCCCACGACGCCCCCGGCGACGACCUAUCUCCGCUCUCCGAUGGCUUCUUUGCCGAAAACGGCGGAUCUUGGGAGACGCCGUACGGCGAUUUCUUCCUCUCGUGGUAUUCGAGUCAGCUAUUAUCUCAUGGCGACCGUAUCCUGUCCCUCGCGGCUUCGACCUUCAAAGAUGCCGGCAUUACCGUGUCCGGUAGAGUCCCCCUCGUCCACUCAUGGCACCGGACCCGUUCGCGCCCGGCCGAGCUCACGGCCGGGUUCUACAACCCGGCCGGUCGCGACGGAUACGACCGUGUCGCCGAGAUCUUCUCGAGAAACGCCUGCGGCAUGAUACUCCCGGGGAUGGACCUAGCCGACGAGCACCAGCCAGCCGAGAUCCGCUCGAGCCCGCAGGCGCUGCUCGAGGAGAUAACAUCUUCGUGCAGAGAGCACGGGGUGACGGUGUCCGGCCAGAACUCAUUGCCCUCCGGCCUCUCCGGGGGCUUCGACCAGAUCAAGAAGACGGUGCUGGCCGCCAACUCAUCAGUGGCCGCGUUCACGUACCAACGGAUGGGAGCUUCCUUCUUCACCCCCGAGCACUUUUCUCCGUUUGCGCAGUUUGCCCGGUGCCUGAACCGGCCGAUCCGGAGGUCGGACGACGUAGCGUCAAAGGAGGGCCGCGACGACGAGGCAUUCUAGGCUCGGCGUCGCCUGCAAACUGCAUAAGAGGAUGAGUUACAUGUAUAUACAUAUAUAUAUAAAUAUGAUUUAGAUAGAAACAAUGUGGUUAAUUAAACCAUGAUGAUUUGAUAUCAUAAGAGGAUUGUAGUUCUACUUAGGCAAAUUUGAAACUGUUGUGCAGUGAGGUUUUUACUCCUUUUCUGCAAACACUGUUUCUGUAAGCUCAAUAAUAAAGCGAAGUUUAUAUA